AUGCCUCGCACCGAACACGAAACCGCUAUGAUUACUAGCGCCGAUACCCAAAAUACCGAUCUCGCCAACAGCAACGACAAUGCCAUCAGUGCCGGUGGAGUCAAGAAGCGCAAACGCUCAAUCUCAGAUACGGAAACCGACCACGACGACGAAACAGCACCACCCAAAGCCAAACGCCUGAAACCAACCGAGCUGCUCCCCGCGGAGAUCUGGCUGGAGAUCUUUCUGAUAGGAGGCGUGCUGCCGUCGACGAUCGGAGCGUUGUCGACCUACCAUCGCCGGUUGAUGAGGAUACCGGGCGCGAAGAGUCGGUUGGAGAGGAAUAUUCUGCGUGCGUAUUAUCCGCCGGGUGAUGCAGAAUUGUUACCCAGAUUGCGUGUCAUUUCCGAUUGGCACCGACAGCAUUUUCUGCAUUCACGCCUGCGCAACGCCGUGCACAAUUUCCACAUCGACAAACACGUUCUCCUACGUCUCAUAGUGGAAGAGCAAUUCCCAGUUUCGCAAGUCUUCGAGACAUUGGAACAGGUGUAUCGCAGAUCUUGGUACGAUUUAUGGCCGGGGAAGUUAUUGCCAGAGCAAGAUCUAGCCCGCGCUCGCCAGAAUCUGUGCCGGACUGCCAUGGCAUACAUCUGCCGUGAUCUCGCAGACCGGGAUUCUACCCUACUGAAGGACUGGAUGCUGACUCCCUUCAGUCCGGUACAUGAAGAGCGGCUCUUUAGCCUCCACCGCUCGCGGGCCAAUAGGCUGACUCGAGCAGCGCAGCGGGUGCAGGAGGCCUCUUAUCUCAACAAGUACGCUAAGAAACUGGGCGACGUAGCGGGGUCGGCUGGAGAUUUAGCACUGUUCGCGAUCAAGUUGGGAUUGGGGAACGUUUUGGGGAACGUCUACGAACAGGAUAUACUAGCAGACCCGUCCUUGUUCAACACUCUAUUGCUGACUAUCGGCGCGGAAGUCUCCUUCGCGGCGCUGAUGGUAGCUGUCCAGCUCGCACAUCCAUUUGCCGUCAACUUUCUGCACCGUAGAUACGAGUCUGAGAAAGCGCAAAUGCUACGCCAUCUCGGCGAGGAAGCCAUGAGACCUGGAAAAGCACCCGUGGCGGAGCUGUUUCGGAAAUAUAACCCAGAUGAACCAAGUCCUUAGUUCAUAGACGGCCAAUGUAGUUCUAGAUCCCUUUCAGCGAUGUUGCGUAGGUAGCGUAGUUCUCCAUCGAGUGAAAUCGUAGUAGAGCGAGCUCAUAUUCAUCGAAUUAAAGGUGGGCGUGUGCAUUUC